ACACAGCUCUGGAGAACUUCUGCCCUACAUGCGGAUUAUCUGUGACAUCUUACCCCAGAUGUUGGGGCAUCAGGACGCACUGCUCAUCACUUACACACAAACUUUUUCUGACUUAUUUGUUGCGUGUAUUUACAGUUAAGAAAAGUUUGCUUUUAUGGCUAAAAAACGGAAAAGUGUGAAUUCCUGCGAGGAAUGGAUAUUUACUUCCAAACAUCGGCAUCUGUGUAUUAAAAUCUAAUGAAACAGAAGAAAAUGAGGAAGAAAGGAAUCCAUAUUUAUACUUCAGACUGUGCCAUUCAUCCGGCCGGAUGGCACGGAUAGUUUUACCACCUCAUCAAGAGAAAAGGGGGCACCUUAAAGACAGACAUCUCAGAGGGUGAAAUAAAAAAUGACAAAAAGUGACUAAAAGUUAUGGAUCACUCCGGUCAAGUCGAGCCGACUCAACCGGUGAACACCACAAACGACAGUUUUGUUACAAAUGCAUCCACGGUGGAUAAGAGCGCAGAGAGUCUCGCCUAUCAGAUCAGUCUGGCGAUGAUUCUCUCUGCCAUCACGCUCGCCACCACUUUAUCCAACGCGUUCGUCAUUGCCACAAUCUCCCAGUCGAAGAAGCUGCAAACUCCUGCGAACUUUUUGAUCGCCUCUCUGGCCGUCACCGACCUGCUGGUGUCCAUUCUGGUGAUGCCCAUCUGCGUCUCGUACACGGUCAACCACACAUGGACGCUCGGGCAAAUUGUGUGCGACAUCUGGCUUUCCUCGGACAUAACGUGUUGCACCGCGUCCAUCCUCCACUUGUGCGUAAUAGCGCUGGAUAGAUUCUGGGCCAUCACGGACGCGGUGGAGUACUCCAAAAAGCGCACGACGGGACGCGCAGCCGGGAUGGUGGCCACAGCUUGGGUCAUCGCCAUCUCCAUCUCCCUGCCGCCUCUCUUCUGGAGGCAGGUGAAGGCGGGGGGGCUGACCGACUGCAACGUCAACACGGAUCAUAUUUUCUACACCAUCUACUCCACCUUCGGGGCAUUCUACAUUCCCACAUUGCUGCUUAUUGUCCUCUACGGGCGGAUAUAUGUCGAGGCUCGGAAGCGGAUUCUCAAGCAGUCCCCAAAGAAAGUGGGGAAGAGACUCACCUCGGCGCACCUGGUCACCAACUCCCCCGGAUCCGUGGCGUCCACCGCCUCUCUGCAGUGCAAGAGACACGACACUCCUUCAAGCGACACCGGGUCUUCAACAAGCGAGAACCAGGUGAAGGUGACGGUGUCGGACGCGCUUUUGGAGAAGAAGCGCAUCUCAGCAGCCAGAGAGAGAAAAGCGACAAAGACACUGGGGAUAAUCCUCGGCGCUUAUAUUGUCUGCUGGCUGCCGUUUUUCAUAUACACGCUGGUGGUGGCCACAUGUGACACAUGUUUAAUCCCCGAGUUAUUUGACUUUUUCACCUGGCUGGGAUAUCUGAACUCCCUCAUCAACCCGAUCAUAUACACGAUGUCUAAUGAGGACUUCAAGAAAGCUUUCCAUAAACUCGUACGCUUCAGAUGCUGCAGGUCGUGAAUGUGAAAUGUUCCUUCAUUCUCCAAUAAGAUUUAUUUUUUGAUAUAACAUUUUAAAAAGCA